AUGAAAGAUUUCAAUUACUUAAACAAUAUAGAAGAAUUCUUAAAAUUAUUCAUAUCAAAUUUAAUACCGAUACCUCAACAGAAAAAUGCAUCAUUUAUUGCUUGUGAAUUAAUGAAAGUAAGUUCUGGCUUACUUGAUACUAGUGGUUAUAUAUUAUUCAAUGUCAAAAAUUUUAUCUUAACAAAUAUACCAAUAAUUAUCAAACGAUUUUUGAAAAUUAAAGAUUCUAAUGUCCUUGAAAAUAUCUUACAAGAGUCAAUAAGUCCUGACAAUGAUCCUACCUUGAAACUGGAGAUUCAAGCAAGAUUGUUGCAUGAAGUUAGUGAACCGAUACUCAACAUAAAAUCGGAAUUUAAUGAAAAGUUAGGAAAUGUAAAUAGUGAAUUUACCUCCUUAGAAGAAUCAGGAUUGAUUGAAUUUGUUGAAGAUUUGUGCUUUAAAUCGAAGACUUUUGAUAUACAACAGGAAUUCACAUUGGCGAUACUUGAAACUGUUGAAUCAUUGAUCAUGGAAAAAAAUUAUGAGAAGUUGAAUUAUUUAGUAUUGAGUCUAAUUACAAAUGCUGAAGCUAUUAAUCUAGUGGUAUAUCAUAGUAAAUACAAAUUAUUAUAUCAAUUAAUUGAUUUUAUAGAUCAAGAAAGAUUCAAAUGUGAUGAUGAAGAUGAAAAUUUUCAAGAUUUUUAUUCAUAUUUUGGUGUUAUUCUUUUAAGUGUAAUAUUUAUAAUAGACUAUUUUCAAUUUGAGGACUUUACCAAAAUCAAUGUAAGAGGUUCUUAUACAAUAGAUUACAUUAAUAACUUUUAUUAUAGAUUAAAUGAUAAUUUGACAACAACAAUGAAAAAUCUUGAUGAUGAAAGUCAACUAAUAAUAGAUAACUAUAAUAAUUUGUUAAGGGAUUGGACCAAUUUACUAUUUGAUGAUGCAAACGAUGGUUUAUCAGAUGAUUUAAUUAAAUCGUUGAGUAUCAAACAAAUUUAUAGAUUAAUGCCUCAAAUUUUUAAACAAGCUAUAAUAGCAGUGAAUUUAAAUAAAAUUGACUUUUCGGUUCUUAGCAAUGGUUUAGAUUAUUUAUCCCAAAAUUUUUUAAUACCAACCACUGCUUCAAUUUUAAAUUGGUUGAUUAGGGAUCCAAGUAUAUCUCAUGAAAAUAAAAGCAAAAUUAUCGAUGAAAUCUUGAAAACAAAUAUGGCUGACGGAGAAUCAUCAAGUUCUACAUUUAGAGUUGUUUUAAAAAUAUUAAGUCCAAAUCUUGGUGAUUUUCAGCUCUCAUCAAAGAUACAAGACAUAACUCAAAUUCAGAAUUCGAAUGAAAGACAAUUACUAACUGAACAGGACAUAAAUUUGAGAGAAACUUUUAAGUUAAUGAUACUUGGCAAAACGGAAUUCAAUGAUCAAGUUUUUUCGAAUUAUUAUACGAACAAUAAGCUUUGUAUUUUAAAAGAUUUACUACAAGAAGUGUAUGAUUUUCAAGAGACAAAUAAUGAAGAUUCAAAACUUUAUAUACAUUUGAUAAUCUUUUUAAUUUUGAAUGAUUCAAUAAAGAGUAAAUUAGAUAAAGAAUAUUGGAUUGAUAAUCUAAGGGUGAAAACUGAACUAAAUAAAGAACUGAAUACAAAUUUAGAUCUAGAAUUCUCAUUGGGUAUGGAUAAUCAUUAUUCAUCUAUAUUUAAUGAUGAUGUAAAUCAAUUAACAAAAAAUGAAUCAGAUGAUAUAGAUCAAUUCUUGAGAAAUGAUAACGAUAUGGAAUUAGAUGAUGAUGUAUAUAAUGAAUCUACUUAUAAAGUAAAAACUAGUGAAGAACUCGAGAAAAUUUUGAAAAGUAAUUUUGAGAAGUCUAAUCACUUACAACUUUUAGCAAAUUUCAAAAGAGCAAUUUCUGAAAACAAUUUAUUCUACAACUCAAUCAACUUAUUAACGGAUAAAAUAAUUGAUAGUUUAAAUAAUUGGUAUAUUUAA